AUGUCACUCCCACUCUCCCUCGGCCAGCAUUUCUUCCAAACAUCCGGCGUCCGUCUCAAUUACCUCAUCCGCGGAGCCGGCCCCCUAGCAGUCAUCCAGUCUGUCGGCUGGGGUCUCUCAGCAUCCUACUUCUGGAACGGCCUCGGCCCGCGCCUCGAAACCAACCGCACGGUGUUGUACUUUGAGCCCCGCGGCAAUGGCGACUCCGGCAAAGCAGAUCCAUUCACGAUGAACGCGAGGACCAUGGUCGAGGACCUGGAACACCUCCGCUCUUACCUCGGUCUCACAGCGUUCCCGCUUCUCAUCGGCCACUCGCACGGCGGCGCCAUCGCUCUGCGCUAUGCCCAGCGGUACCCGGACAACGUCUCCAAACUACUUCUCAUCGCGCCGCAGGUGAUGGAUUGCGCUCCUGGACAUGUUAGAGCCUGGAUGGAGAAGCGCAAGGACGAUGAGGCGUAUGCUCCUUCCGUGAAGAAGCUGAUUGAAAUCGCGAAGGCCGGUGGACCCAGGGACGAUGAGCACUUCAGAGAGUCUCUCGACACGAUGUUGGUCUGGUGGUUCGCUGAUGUGAAGAACGCUGACCUUCUGAGACGGAAUAUGGCUGGGCCUUUGGCGAGCAAGAAUUCCGCGACUGCGUCAGCGUGGCAGACGAACCGUAAUGAUAUGUCUGAGGAGAAUGCGCUACCUCAUAUCAGGGAUGCGGGAUUGGUCAAGGCUGAGACAUUGAUUCUUCAAGGGGAAGAGGAUUCGGUUUGUAGCGAAGAGGGAGCACAGGCUGUUGCUGGUGGUAUCGAAGGCUCCGAGAUCAAGGUUCUUGCGGGAGCUGGGCAUUUCCCUUGGAUCGAGGCCCCAGAGAAGUUUUGGAGGGAUGCAGAUGCUUUCGUGAAGCUUUAA